AUGACAUCCGUGACUUAUAGCGGCAUAAACCAUGGACUCCAGGUUGGAAUCAACAAUGGUUCGGUCACGGCAGAGUUCCACCAGUCAAAUACCCCUGAAGACAUCGAUCGAUUUUGCCUCCAGGAUUUACGCUGUCCUGAUUCACUAGUCGUGAAACAUCGUUUGACGGAGACCAAGGACAAGUUACGUCGUCAGUCGUUUGAAUGGAUCUUUCAAGACCCGCAGUAUCAGAGUUGGCGAAAUGGAAAUGAAAUUUGUCUGCUUUGGAUCAAGGGCGGUGCUGGGAAAGGGAAGACCAUGAUGUCGAUCGGUCUUAUUGACGAUAUUUCACAGGUACAGCAUGACUACACUGUGGGAUUGAUUCUGAGGUUGGUGAAUCAGCAAACCGAGCUGAAAGAAUCUCUACGACGCCGCUGGGAUUCUAAGAAUGACCGUUUUCAUGAAGACGUUACCUCGUGGAGAAAUCUCUGGAACAUCCUUUUGGAAAUGUUGGAUCGAUGUACCGCUUCGAGGAUAUAUAUAAUUGUGGAUGGUCUUGAUGAGUGUCAAGACGGUGGCAUGGCCGACUUCUUGAAACUCAUCGUCCGGAAUGGACUAGGUAACCCCGCUAAACUCAAAUGGCUCUUGACAAGUCGACCAUUAGAUAGCGCAGAGCGGGCGUUGCUAGCCGGAAAUGACCAGGUGCAAGUCAGUCUAGAGCUCAACUCAGACUACGUCUCUGAAGCUGUGAAGGCUUAUAUCACUUACAAGGUGGAUGAGCUUAGUCGUUAUCGUAAUUAUGGGCAAACACUAAAAAGCGAAGUGAAAACCGAGCUUUCUGCAAAGGCUGAGGGUACCUUUUUAUGGGUGAGCCUGGUCUGCAAGAGGCUCGAGAGUGUCCAACAAGAUAAGGCAUUGACCACAAUCCGAGACUUGCCGCCAGGCCUGCAUUCUUUCUAUGAUCGGAUACUAAAUCAACUGAGCGAAGGCGAGCCAGAUGAUGUCUAUAAGUGCAUGCGACUACUUAAGGCGAUGAUGCUGGCAUACCGACCUUUGAAAGUGGAAGAAGUUCCGAGUGUCGCUGGCCUGACUAGUGAAGAUGACAAUAUUGAGGUUUUAGUCAAUCGCUGUGCUUCAUUCCUUAGAAUGCAGGAGAACAACAUCGAGUUUGUUCAUCAGUCUGCUCGAGACUACUUGGCAGAGGAGAAUGGACAGUCUAUACUUGAUUCAUAUGAACAUUUCGGACAUUAUGAAAUUGUACAAGGUUGUCUGUCUCAUUUAUAUGAAAGGCUGAAGGUCAAUCUUCUAGACCUGCCGCGACCCAACUCAACCAUAGAAGAUUGGAAGCUGCUGAAACACAAGAAAGAAAGUGUCCAGCUGUCUUGUCUGGACUAUGCGGCUAACUUCUGGGUACAACAUCUCGAGGAUAUCGAACGAAGCACGAUAGUGCAGAGCGGGCUUAUUGAGAAGGGCCUUGUUGGAAAAUUACUCCACUCAAAAUUGCUGGAAUGGCUGGAAUGCCUCAGCCUAUUAGGCAAGCUACCGAGGGCUAUUGAAGCGUUCAAAGCACUGGUGAAUAUAACAAAGGACGACCAUUUAGCCUUGGCACUUGUGCAGGAUACUAGCCGUUUUCUAUUACGACACUACCAUACCGUGUCUCAUUGGCCAUUACAGAUAUAUAGCACCGCUAUUACCUUGAGUCCUGAAUCAAGCGUCGUGAAGAAGAAAAACUUGGAUAGAAUUCCAGCAUAUUUGACAAAAGUUCCAAUCAUGCAGGGCACUUGGGGGUCUCUGAUACGGACACUAGAAGGCCACUCACAUCCAGUCAACGCUGUGGCCUUUUCACCAGACGGCAAGCAGAUCGCAUCGGGCUCAUUUGACAAAUCUAUCAAGCUCUGGGAUACCGUAACAGGUGACCCUCUGAAGACACUAGGCCACUCGCGCUCGGUCAACACUGUGGCUUUUUCACCAGACAGCAAGUAUAUUGCAUCAGGCUCUGAUGACAAAGCCAUCCUGCUUUGGGAUACUGUAACAAGUGACCUUUGGAAGACGCUAGAAGGCCACUUAGACUCGGUGAGCACUGUGGCCUUUUCACCAGACGGCAAGCAGAUCGCAUCAGGCUCUCUUGACCAAACCAUCAAGCUCUGGGACACUAUAACAGGUGACCUUCAGAAGACACUAGAAGGCCACUCAGACUCAGUCAAAACUAUGGCUUUUUCACCAGACAGCAAGUAUAUUGCAUCAGGGUCUAGUGACAAGACCAUCAAGCUCUGGGAUAUCGCAACAGGGGACCUUCAGAAGACACUAGAAGGCCACUCACGCUCGGUCAACACUGUGGCCUUUUCACCAGACGGCAAGCAGAUUGCAUCAGGGUCCUUUGACCAAACCAUCAAGCUUUGGGAUACCGCAACAGGCGACCUUUGGAAGACACAAGAAGGCCACUCAGACUCAGUCAACACUGUGGCCUUUUCACCAGACGGCAGGCAGAUCGCAUCAGGCUCUGAUGACGGAACCAUCAAGAUUUGGGAUACUGUAACAGGUGACCUUCAGAAGACACUAGAAGGCCAUCUAUACUCAGUUAAUCCUGUGGCCUUUUCACCAGACGGCAAGCAGAUCGCAUCAGGCUCUGAUGACCAAACCGUCAAGCUUUGGGAUAUCACAACAGACAACCUUCAGAAGGCACUAGAAGGUCACUCACGCUCAGUCAACACUAUGGCCUUUUCACCAGACGGCAAGCAGAUCGCAUCAGGCUCUUUUGACCAAACCAUAAAGCUUUGGGAGACCGCAACAGGUGGUCUUCAGAAGACACUAGAAGGUCACUCACGCUCAGUCAACAUUAUGGCCUUUUCACCAGACGGCAAGCAGAUCGCAUCAAGCUCUGACGACGGAACCAUCAAGCUUUGGGAUACCAUAACCGGUGACCUUCAGAAGACACUAGAAGGCUACUCGGUUCAUACUAUGGCCUUUUCACCAGACAGCAAGCAGAUCGCAUCAGGAUCAUUUGACCAAACCAUUAAGCUUUGGGAUACCGCGACAGGGGGGCUUCAGAAGACACUAGAAGGCCACUCAGACUCAGUCAACACUGUGGCCUUUUCACCAGACGGCAAGCAGAUCGCAUCAGGCUCUAGUGACCAAACCAUCAAGCUUUGGGAUACCGCAACUGGUGACCUUCAGAAGACACUAGAAGGCCACUCAGACUCAGUCAACACUGUGGCCUUUUCACCAGACGGCAAGCAGAUCGCAUCAGGCUCUCUUGACCAAACCAUCAAGCUUUGGGAUAUUGCCAAAUCUUCUAAAAGCUCCAGAUUUCUUCGGCGUCGUUUCACUAGACGUUUCAAGUUGCGACCUUGCAGAGAAAUUCAAACCUCAAAGCCGGUGUAUAACCUACACUUUUCAGCAUGUAACCGGUACCUUGCAACAAACAUAGGACCAAUCAUGCUUAAGGGCAUUGCUAUGGACGAACAGGACAGAAGCCUACAUUCUUCACAGAGUCUCUUUGUCCGAGAACAGUGGAUAUGCUAUGGAGACAUGCCCUUCUUUCGGCUACCGUCCGAUUUCCAGUCAUCGACCUCUGGUGUGCAAGGCGAUCAGGUCGCUAUUGGAUUGAGAAAUGGUCAAGUUUUGAUGUUUGACAUUGAUCGUCGCAUCCUGCAGUCAAUGCUAAACGCUCCACUUACAAUCGAGUAG